UUAUUCAACGUUUUAUUAUGAUAUCAGUUGCCAUUGUGACUUUGUUAUGUAUUAAUUAUGCCAGUGUGACGUGUAUGGUCUAUGACAUUCAUAUUGAACGUGAGAAUCCCAUUGGAUUGGUUCAAUGGAUAUGAUAGAAAGGCGUACAAAAUGACCUCUACAUUAUCUAUAUUACAUGUUUCGUCAUUCUCAAACAAGUUAAUUGCAAAUCGGACUGGACGUGGAAAUAAAUAUUGAUUUUAUUUAAUAUUCCCAAAAAUAUUUGGGAUAAACUCUAAUUAGAUUCUCUUUAUGAGGCAUAUUUAUGAGCAAUUAAUGAAAACAACCAUUGAAAAUCUGUAUAAAAUGGCUGCAGAAGUUUUGUCUGCGAUUGGUUUAGAUAUAUCUUCUCCAAAAGGUGGUCUCAUUGGUAUCCGAGAAGAACAUGGCUCUGAUGCACACUUCAUUAUUAGCUGCUUAUUAUCAAAAUAUGUUCAGGCCGAGUACAAUGUUUGCUUUGUUACCUUGCAUAAUACGUUUCAUCAUUACCAUAAUGUUGGAAUGAAAUUAGGUUAUAACUUGAAUGCUCUUAAAGAAAAAGGGGCAAUCAAAACAAUUGAGGCAAUGAAAUUAGUAUUAAAAGACUCUAGCUAUGAGAAUUUAAAAAAAGUUUUAUUAAAAGAAAUCGAAGAUAAUGUAGAAGAAAUGCUUAAAUCUGAUAAACAUGUAUUGCUAAUAAUAGAUGAUUUAAGCCAUUUGUUUGAAAUGGAAUUUACACUUUCAGAAAUUUUAAUGUUGAUUAAACAAGUUAAGAGUUUAAUCUACAGAAAACCUGGUAAUUAUGCCAUUUUAAAUGUACAUGUUUCAUCAGAGUAUGACUUAGUCGUAGCUAAUUUAGUUCAACAUUCAUCAAAUACUCAUGUUUGUAUAAGUCCGUUGAAAACUGGAUUCAGCAGUAAUGUUUCAGGAAAAAUGGAAAUAUCUGAAAUGAAUGCUCAGACCAAAGAAAAUUUGUGGAAUAAACAAAGUCUUUAUCAUUACAAACUACAUGAUAGAUUUGUAAAAGUAUUUGCUCCUGGACUUGUAUCAUAAAUUUAUGUUUGUAUAUAUUUUUUGUAUAUUUAUAAAAAUUAAGUACAUGUAAAUAUUUUUUUUAUAUGUAAAAUGAAAUGCGAAA